CGGCCCCGUUCGUGAGGAGGAGGAGGCGGCGGAGGCGAAGGCGGCCGCCGCCGCCCGCCCUCUCCACCCGGUUCCUUGUGCGUUGUGCUGCGUGAGCUGCUAGGCACGAUGGCUCUCCGCUGGCAUAAGGACCACCUGUGGCUCUACUUGCUGGCCCUGGGCUUCAAACGCCCUCCCCGCGUCGAAGUGGGACGAGAGUGUGGUCUUGAAAACCGCUGCAUCACAGAUCCGCGAUUCAGGAAGCAGUGUGUGGAAUGGCUAAAAGAGAUCAUACAUAAAGAAGGCGUCCGCAUAACAAUCACGGGUUCUUUGAUUGUGGCUCCUAGAGGUCCUAAAAUUAUUCACCUGCUCUAUCUGCUUGCAAGGCACGUAAUGCUUGCGGACAUAAAAAGGAACUGCAGAGGCAAUGACAUACCUUUUGCAGAAGCUUUACAGUUGGUACCGAAGGACAUGUACAUGGCAAAGGCAAGGCAUAGAGUUGCAUACAAUAAGCUUCUGCAGACUGUCCAGAAGUAG